UUUUAUUUCCCUAUAAAUAGCUCUCUAUAUUCUUCAUUUCUCAUAACCAUUCUUACUAUCAAAAAACACAUUUGCUCCCUUUUUUCAUCUUUUAAUUUUCUUCACAUCUUGUUAGUUUCAAUUUCCAAAAAUGGCCACUGUUGAGGUUCAAUCCACACCAGCCCCAGAAGUAGUAACUGUUCCAGCUGAAAUCGAGGCGAAGAUCACACCAGAAACAAUCAAAACCGAGGAAGUAGCCCCCGUUGUUGCAGAAGAAACAGCACCAGCACCAAUACCAACGCCAACAGAAGAAACCGCUUUAGUUGAAGAAAAAGCGGUCCCCGCCGUGGAAGAUACCGUAAUCGAACCAGCACCAGAACCAGAAGAAGAGAAAUCAGCUCCAGCUGUUGAGGAAACAGUGGCUGAAGAGAAAACAGAAGACUCUGUUUUGGCAGAGGAAACAGUGGGUGCAGAACCUGAAGUUGUUGAUGAUGAAAAAGUUGAAGUGGAGAGUGAGGCAAAAGAAGAUGAGGAAAAAGUUGUUGAUGCACCAGCUGUUGAACAAGUUGAGAAGAUUGAAGAGUAAAA